AUGGCAGCCCUACCACGUAGAAUAAUCAAAGAGACACAGCGAUUGAUGCAGGAACCUGUGCCGGGAAUUAGCGCGGUGCCUAGUGAGAACAAUGCACGCUACUUUCACGUUAUCGUCACCGGUCCCGAGGACUCACCGUUCGAGGGAGGACUUUUCAAAUUAGAACUAUUCCUUCCAGAGGACUACCCUAUGUCAGCGCCUAAGGUUAGGUUUAUUACAAAAAUUUAUCAUCCGAAUAUAGAUCGACUCGGUCGUAUAUGCCUUGAUAUUUUGAAAGACAAAUGGAGUCCCGCACUGCAGAUCCGCACGGUUCUACUUUCGAUUCAGGCGUUACUAUCGGCUCCUAACCCCGACGACCCGCUCGCGAACGAUGUUGCUGAGCUGUGGAAAGUUAACGAAAGUGAAGCUAUCCGAAACGCAAAGGAGUGGACCAGGAGAUAUGCCAUGGAUAAC